AUGAAUUUGACAAAAAAUCCAAUUUAUAUAAAAGAAGGAAUAAUUGUUAGGAAUGAGGGUAUUAACAUCACUCCAAUAGAAACACAGGAAAUAAAAAACUAUAGGCGCGCUAGAGAGCAAGCAUGA